AUGUUAAGUUUUAAGCAACAACGAGAGAAGCUUUAGACUAUCAAUUAGACUGAAGGUGACUAAUAUGAGGCAUAAUUAGAAACAUCCUAAUAGCUCUAAAAGAACUCCACUAAUAAUAUAAAUUUUAUCUUGAAUGAAAAUUAAUAGACAGAUAAUUAAAUCAUUGAUAAUAAUAUAAUAAAUGAUUAGAUUUAAGCUACUAUAGAAGAUGUAGAUGGAGAGCAAGAAAAAAAACAAAUUGAAAGCGAUUUUAUUUCUUUUGAAUCUACAAAUAAAAUAGAUAAAGAACGCUAAAGUGCAUGGAAAAAAUUUAAUUUUCAUUUUAAUACUAAUUGGUUCUAACGAAUUUUUCUGAUUGAUCUUCUUUACCUUUUAUUCCAUUGUAGAAAGUAAGUAAAGGAUCAUAAAGAAAUAAAUUUAAAUGAUGUGCCUCAUUUGUUUCCUGAAGAUUAAAUAAGCAAUUAGGUUAAAAAUUUCGAUUUUUAUAUUUAAAAAGAAGAGUCAGAAUUAAAAAAAAAAGGAAAAUAAAUUGGAGCUUUUAUAUUUUUCCACAUUUUCUCCUUAAAUGCUUUUAAGAUUGUUGCAUCAGUUUGUAUUAGAAACCUUAUUAAUGAUAUUGCUGAUGAAGAACCAGUAUCUAAAUAAUAUAUGUGGGUUGCAAUUAUUGCAGUAAGCAACUUUAUUUAAGUUCUAGGCAUGCACCAUGGAACAAAAGUUAAUUAUUUAAUUUUCUGUUCUAUCAGAGUCAUGUUCAUGAAAACCCUUUACUAAAAAGUUUCAAACCUUUCUUCUUUUGCAAUCAAAGAAGCAAAUAUAGGAAAGCUAGUUAGCAUUGUAUCAAGUGAUUUAACUACUUUCGAAGUUAAAAGUUUUCAUAUUAUAUCAUUGCUGGUUCUUCCUUUCGGGUUAGUUGCUGUUGCUGUUGUACUUUAUUUUAGAUUUGGAGGUUUUGGUGUUUUGGGACUUAUUUUAAUGAUGUUCUUUAUACCUAUUUAAAUAUAUAUUGCAGAUAAGAGUUCAUAGUCUUUUGCUUAGAAAACUAAUUUAGUAGAUAAAAGAAUUAACUUAACUAAUGAAGUCAUUGAGGGUAUUCGUUUAAUAAAAAUGUAUGCUUGGGAAGGUGCAUUCAUGAAAGCAAUCAUGGAAGUGAGGAGAUUGGAACUUAAAAAGGUUUUUAAGAUCUUACUAUUUUUCAUAUUUGAGCAUUCAUUAUCUGCCUCAUCAGGUAUUUUAGCUACAUAUUUUAUUUUUGCUUUAACAUAAAAUUACGGUGACUCAGAUCAGCUUAAUAUUGCAAAUAUGUAUUCUACACUUGAUUUAUUAUAGUACACCAAAUAUGCUAUGAUAUCUUUUGCAGGAUUUGGACUAAGUGGAGCUCUAGAACUGAGAGUGGUAUUUAAUAGAUUGGCCAGCGUUUUUCAUAUUAAAGAUAAUCAUAUGACUUGUGUAGAUGGAAAAAACGAAUUUUUGAAUACUACCCUUUAAAAUGGAGAAAUUAAAAUGAAGAAUUUCUGUGCUUACUGGAAAGGAGAAGAGCCUGUUUUAAAAGAUAUAGACUUACACUUAUAAAAAGGAGAGUUUGUUUCAAUUGUUGGUAAAAUAGGUUCUGGUAAAUCUACUUUACUAAAUUGUAUUUUGAAAGAAGUACCAAAAUUUAGAGGAAGUUUUUCUUUUAGUGGUAAGCUUGCUUAUGUAGAAUAAGAACCUUAUAUAUUUAGUAGCUCUGUUAGAGAUAAUAUCCUUUUUGGUAAAAAGUAUAAAGAAUCCUUUUACAAUUAAGUUGUUGAAGCUUGUAACUUAGUUGAUGAUUUCAAGCUCUUAGCAAAUGGUGAUUUAACUGAAAUAGGAGAAAGAGGUUUAAAUAUUAGUGGUGGAUAAAAAGCCCGUAUUUCUUUAGCUAGAGCUUUGUAUUCUCAAGCUGAUAUUUAUUUAUUAGAUGACCCACUAUCUGCUGUAGACGCAAAGGUUGCUAAGUCUUUAUUCUAUGGAGCCAUAAAAAAGUUUUUAAAGAAUUAAACAGUCAUUUUAGUGACGCAUUAAAUUCACUUCACUAGAGAUUCAGACAGAAUUAUUAUCAUGAAUGAAGGAUAAAUUACUGAUUAGGGCACAUUCAAUGAGCUUGAAGAUAAAUUAAAAGACUUAGCAAAUUACAUUUAAUUAAAUGAGUCUCAAAGUAAAAGUGUAAGCAAUGUAGAUGGAAUUUAACAAAAGCAAUAAAACUAACCAAAAAAGAGUAAUUUAGAUAACGAGAACCUUUAAAUCUAAGAAUCUUAAUAAAAAUAAAAUGAUUUUUUAGUAAACCAAAAAACACCAUUAAAUUAAUAAGAAUAAAUAGAAGAUGUUGACGAAAUUAACUAAGAAGUGAUAUAAGAAGAGGAAUAGAAGAAAAAAUAAAUUUAAGAACUUUAUACGAAGGAAUCAGACGAGAAUAUUACUGUGUCUUAUAGAACUUAUUGGAAAUAUAUGAAAUCGUCUAAAUACCUGAUUUUAGUUCCUUUGUUGAUUGCAUUAUUUUUUACUAGUGAAGUUUUAACGACUGUUUUUACAAAUGCUAUAGGAUAUUAUAAUUCCUCGGAUUACACAAAUUAAAGUGUAAUAGAUGCAUUAGGUUAUAUCACACUUGGCUACUUCCUAAACUUACUCGUUAAAUACUUUAUUCACAUUAAAUUUCUUAAUUCUAGCAGCACAAGUUUACAUAACAAAAUGAUAGAAUCUUUAGUUAGAUCAAAAGUUGUAUAUUUCGAUCAGACUUAAAGUGGUAGAAUUAUCAACAGGUUUUCUACAGAUUUAGUUAUUGUUGAUCAAACUUUACCUAUAACUUCUAUUGAUACUAUAGAAGUUUUAUGCAGUCACAUUGUUCUUCUUGUUAUGCUUGUAAUUAUAAAUCCUUAUUUUAUCAUAGUUGCCUUCUUUAUGAUCUUGGUUUUAUACAAUUUUAUGAUUAUUUCUAAAACUUCCUUAAUUGAGUCAAAAUAAACUGAUUUGAGAAACCGUUCUCCUAUCUUUAACUUUUUUACCGCAACAGUUUAAGGAAUUUUACCUCUAAGAGUUUAUCAAUAAACAAAUUUAUUUUAGUAAAAAUUUGAUGAACUCUCUGAUGCUUCUCUAAGAUCUUCUGUCUGUUAUUGGUAUAUAAUUAGAGCAUUUGGUGCUUAUGUUCAUGCUUUCUCCUGUAUUGCAGGUAUUAUUGGUAUCUUUAUGCUUAUUGCUGUUGGUAAAAGUGGUUCAUAAGUAGGAUAAUCUAUAGUUUACUUUUUAACUAUGAGUGAUCUUAUUUAAUGGGGUUUAAGGUAAAUGAUCUAAACUGAUGUCACAAUGUCUAGUGCUUAAAGAAUACUUAACAUGUGUGAAAUUGAUCCAGAACCAGCCCUUGAAACUAGCUAUGACUAGCAAUAUAUUAAAAAAAAUCUCUAAGCUAAGAAAACAGAUCUUGGAGUUGUUUUAUAAGAACAAAAAUUCCCAUCAGAUGGAAAAGUAGAAUUCAUCAAUGUUAGAAUGAGAUAUAGAGAAGGGUUAGAUCCUGUUCUUAAUUAAUUAUCAUUUACAAUAAAUCCAGGAUAGAGAGUUGGAUGUGUGGGUAGAACAGGAGCAGGAAAGUCUUCUAUCAUAGCAGCUUUAUUUAGAAUGACUGAAAUUGACGAGCCAAUAGAUGAAACUGAAGAAAUAGCUAUUAAAAUUGAUGGUCAUAAGACUAAAUAGCUAGGUUUGCAUACUUUAAGAGGAGGUAUUAGUAUGAUUCCUCAAAUUCCAUUUAUUUUUAGUGGAACAAUUUUGAGAAACUUAGAUCCUCUAGGAGAAUACAGUGAAGAAUAAAUAAAAGAAGUGAUUGAAGAAAUUGGAUUAUCUGACAAAAUUUAAUCUUUGCCGAAAGGAUUGCAUACAGAUAUGUCAAAUGCAAGUGAAGUAUUUAGUGUCGGUUAAAAGUAGUUAAUAUGUUUGGGUAGAGCAAUAUUAAAAAGGAGUAAACUUCUGAUUUUAGAUGAAGCUACAGCAAAUGUAGACAUGGUGACUGAUGAUUUGAUUCAAAAAAAGAUAAAAGAAAGAUUUUAAAAUUCAACUGUAAUAACUGUGGCUCAUAGACUUAAUACUAUUGCUGAUUAUGAUAUGGUAGUAGUAAUGGAUAAAGGCAAAGUUAUUGAAUCUGGCGAUCCUUACAUACUUCUUUAAAAAGAUUCUAGCUUCUUUAAAACAAUGGUAAAUCACACAGGAAAGAAAAAUGCUCAAACGAUUUUGGAUAUAGCUAAAUAAGCUCAUUUACAAAGAUAAUUAUAAAAUUGA